AUGCAAAGAACUUGCGAUGGCCCUUCGAGCAAUACUAUCCUAACAAGCGAACUGUCUGCCAUUUACAAGGACCACCCUUUGAGCCCCAGCACAACUCGAGUGCUUCAAAUCAACCCUUCAAAGCAUUCCAAUGACCCCAUUUCCUGCUGCUUGAGCGUUAUUUCCUUAAAUCCAGCUCCAAAGUAUCGCGCCGCGUCUUACACAUGGGGUGAUCCGUCUGCGACGAAGGUCAUAUUCGUCGACAACAGGCCGUUCCGCGUCCGUGUUAACCUGUGGAACUUUAUUUCCCAGAUGCGAGAAGAUCGAUACCUAGGCCUGGUCUGGAUAGACGCCAUUUGCAUCAACCAAGACGAUCUCCAAGAACGCAGCGAGCAGGUGGCGAUCAUGGGCCAGAUCUACUCCAAAGCAACGGAAGUCCGAGCAUGGCUUGGGGUCGCCACCGCGAACAUCACAAAGGCUAUGGGCAAACUUGCAGAUACUGACUGGAGAGCUGCUUCCGAACAACGCAAGCAACGGUUAAUCACCUCCAAUGAGUAUCUCUUACCCAUCAUCGACCUCUGCAACCUGGAAUACUGGUCAAGGAUCUGGAUAGUACAAGAGUGCACUCUAGCA